GGUGCCACAGCAACCGCUCUGGGUCGGUUUGUAGAGGACAGUGUCCUCCUGACAGUCGCCGGUAUGGAAAAACAAACAAAACCCAAACCAAACCAAACCCCAAAACCAAGCUCCUAGGUGGGUGCUACGUUGUAAGCGAGGUAACCAUACUGUGUGCCUGCCUCCGUCACAGUGGCCGUGACGUCACGACCUUCGAAGGCGGUUGCAUCCGGUUUGGGUCGGUUGCCCUGAAGACCGAUACACAGAGGAACGGAUCCUAGUGCAGGCAGGGAGGUGGCGGAGGUCCUGUUAUCUGCGGACCAGCUGCGCCUGGCGGACCAGCUACACCAUGAGCCAGCGGCAGGUGCUGCAAGUGUUCGAACAGUACCAGAAAGCCCGGACGCAAUUCGUGCAGAUGGUGGCGGAGCUGGCGACCAGACCCCAAAACAUCGAGACGCUGCAGAAUGCAGGUGUAAUGUCUUUGCUGAGGCCUCUUCUUCUGGAUGUGGUCCCAACAAUUCAACAGACUGCUGCUUUGGCUCUGGGGAGAUUGGCCAAUUACAACGAUGACUUAGCAGAAGCAGUUGUGAAGGGCGACAUUCUUCCACAGCUUGUUUAUUCAUUGGCAGAACAAAAU